CGCGCGUUUAGGACAGGCACCAGGAACAAGCUACGUAGGUGGCAAGAAAACGACCGAUCACCUUCGCCUCGUCCCUCGCUCGCCCCUGCCGCCGCUCCCUCCUGUUUUCAGCCGCAUACAGCGCCUGCCUUUUCUCUCCGUCACCCCUCCCUGUCUCUCGUCUCGACUCGUCGCGUUGCGACUCCUCCUGUCUCCUCUCGUCUUGUCUCAUUUCUAUCCCGGUCCUCUCAUCAUCGCCAAUCAGUCGCAGCUUGCCCAGUCGACCUUGCGUAGAUCGAGUAUAGCAGUGGUAGUGUCCGUGUCUGCGUGGCGGUAGGAAGCUGUUCCGACUCCUAGCAAUUCGAGCUCACGUGACUAGCGCAAUUCGACUGGUGUCGAAGCGAAGAUCCGGGACACACGGGUCUAUUCGAAACGAGUCGAAUUUGGCGAUACACGUGCAAUGGAUGACUCGCCAUGCAGACGGACGAUUUUUGUAUAAACAACUAGACCAGUUAGUCGUUCCUAUACGUCGCUCAUUAGCGUAGCAUUCUCGGCCCCACUUCCCCUGGUAGACAGCUGCUUCUGCCCCCAGUCCGUCAUUUUCUUCGUGAGUCUCGUCGCCCCCAGCCCAUUUUCUGCGCCUCGAGGUCGGCCAACCAAUCGCGUGUAGGGCCGUCGUGGGCAUAUAGGUGCAGUAGCAGCUGCUAGUGCAGCGUUAAAACACACGCGUUCGCAUCCCCGUUAGAAGCCUAUCCGUCGCGCGCAACCCGCACGCCGCGGUUCCAAUGGCGGUCUCUUCGAGACCAGCGUGUUCGGCGGCGUGCUCCAAGGACCGACCAAGACCGGCGCAUGCGUGGCGCGUUGUGUCGUCCUCGUCCGCCAUGGCCCCCCUCCUCCUCGCUCUCCUCACCUUCUCCCUCUGCUGCUCCGUCGGUCACUCGCAGUCUGAUUCGGCAGCGGCCUUCGUUCCCCGGCGCGCGCUCAUCGACGUGCAAAUGACCAACGAGCUCGUACUCACAAUCGUGGUGGGAUCACUCCUUAUAGUGGCAGUCGCUAUUCUUAUCGCCAUCUUCGUGUUCUGGAAGCCGGCUCCCCCUCCUCAAGGCAAGUGGAAGCACACGGGUGAGGGGCAGCAGAGCAAGCCGCGGCGCGUGAUCCGCAUCGGGUCGCAGAAGUACACCAGCAGCGCGGGGGACGGCGAUUUCUCGCUGCCCUCGCUGCCCUUCAACGACAUUCAGGUGGCGACGAACAAUUUCGACGAGGCGGGAACGAUCGAGGCGGCAGGGUACAGCAGCGUGCAUCGCGGCGAGGGCCCGGACGGGCAGGCGUGGGCCGUGAAGCGCGCCAAGAAGGUGUCCAUCGAGGGGUCGCACCUGUUCAAGAGCGAGGUGGACUUUCUGUCGCAGGUGUCGCACGCGAACCUGCUGCAGCUGCUGGCGUUCUGCGACGAAAACAACGAGCAGAUCCUCGUCUUCCCCUUCAUGCCCAACGGCGCGCUCAGCUCCUGGCUCCGCCCGCCGCCAGACCAGCCGCGGCCGGCGCUGACGUGGGAGCAGCGGCAGCGCAUCGCGCAGGGCGUGGCGCAUGGGCUGCAGUACCUGCACUCGUUCAGCAACCCCACCAUCAUCCACCGCGACGUCAAGAGCGAAACCAUCCUCCUCGACCACCACUUCGAGGUGAAGGUGGGCGGGCUGGGGUUGCUGAAGCACCUGCCGGGCGAGGCGAUGCGGCUGCGCAUGGCGCGCAAGAAAGGGUACCUGGACCCGGAGUACUUCCAGACCUUCAAGGUCACCACCAAGUGCGACGUGUACAGCUUCGGUGUGGUGCUGUUGGAGCUGCUGACGGGCAAGCCGCCCAUCCUCGCGGAUCCCCAGCAGACCCAGCAGGGCGGGCAGCAGCAGCAGCAGCAGCAGCAGCAGAGCAAACAGAUCAACCACAGCCAGAGCCACAAGCAGCAGAACCAGCAGGGAGCGAAGGCCAAGAACAGCCGCCCCCCCACGCGCUUCAGCUCCAUGGGCUCUGCAGCGCGCUCCUCCGGCACGCCCCUGCUCACGCUGCCCCAAUGGGCGCUGAGCAUGAUUGACGAGGGCAAGAUCCAGCAGCUAGUGGACCCGCGCCUCCCGCAGCUCACCCCGGUGGAAGAGAUCCAGGCGUUUGCGCGCGUGGCGGCGGCGUGCGUGUCGCCGCUGCGGCGCGACCGCCCCGACAUGUCCAAGGUGGUGUCCAUGCUGCAGGAUGCGUGCCGCACGGGCGCGCUCGUGCGCUUCGCCUCGGGCAGCUUCAACCUCUCCCGCACGCUCAGCAUCCCCGACUCCACCGCCUUCGCUGCCGCUGCUGGCGCCCAUGGCGGCAUUCCUCUCAAGCCCAGCCCCUAAUGCCUGUGCCCCUGUGCGUGGCUGGUUGGCUUGAGACCGGCCAGGGCGCGCCAGCAACCAUGCACCCGGUUCUCUCGCUUCUGCUCCCCCCCCCCCAUCGCAACCGCUCCACGCCCCCUCUCAUUCCUCCUGUGAUGUUACUUCCUACCCCGGCCCGCCUCCCCUCGUCUCCCCUUCCCCACACCUUGUGACUUGGAACCAGCACCGUCGGUGUCCCCUGCCCACGGCACCACACCCCAAUAAAUGCCUCAUGCACCCCACCCUGCACCCUUCGCGUGUGGUGCAUCACACCUCACCCACCCACCCACACACCCACCACCUCAUGGCACUGUUGCACCACGCCCUCGCACCACUACCACCUCCCUUGACGUCUGCCUGCGUACCUCAUCCACUUCUAAGUUGAGUCCACUCAAAGCCUCGCCAACACCGCAACCACCAGCAGCACCGCCACCUGCAGCAGCAUCACCUGCAGCACCGCCACAGACAGCACCACCAUCUGGAGCCAACUCCUCCCACGCACGCACCAGCCACAUCACCCCAGGCUGUACCCUCCCAUGGCUCACCCUCCCCACCAGUCACACAGCCGCGCCUGCUGCCUGCGCAGCAGGGCGUGCUCUCUGUAUCCGCCUCUGCACCCAACACCCGCCCUGGGAUGUGCUUCUGAACCCUCUCCUCUCCUUUCCUCUCAUCUCCUCUCCACUCCACUCCACGCCACUUCCCCAUCCUCGCUCUCUCACAGACCUGCUCUCCUCUCAGCUCACUAAUGUGAAGCUCUUGGGAAGGCAGGACUGUGAUUUUUUCAGUGUCUGCUGAUCGUCCCUACCUGAAUGUGUACCGCACAUGCUAGCUCUCUCUCUCUCUCUCUCUCUCUCUGCCGUUAGCUGUUUAUGUGCCUCAUCGUGUGGUGUUCCCAGCCCUUCUCUUGGCGUUCCGUAGUCCGGUCCAGUUCCUCGGGGACACUUCUGGGCUUUCCGGCUUGUUUUCAUGUUGUUGUGCUAAUGAGCAAUGUAGUCUGUAUGGUUAUGUUAAUUGUAAUAUUAACAAAAGGUU